AUGGGAAAAAUAAAGCAAGAACCUGUAGAAGUGGAUGAUACAGCCGAAGUAUCAAUUAAAAGUGAACCACAAACAUACGAUGAAAAAGUUGAGCACUGCAGCGUUAUUGCCAAGCCAAUGGCACCGAAGAAACUUAGCAAAAAAAUAUAUAAGCUGAUUAAAAAAUCAAGCAGUCAUAAGAACUACAUCAGAAAUGGACUUAAAAUUGUUCAGAAACAGCUGCGACUUGGUGAAAAAGGAAUCGUAGUGUUCGCAGGCGACAUCUCCCCGAUAGAAAUUAUGUGUCACUUGCCAGCAGUUUGCGAAGAAAAGGACGUGCCCUAUUGCUACACUCCGAGCCGGAAAGACAUAGGUUCAGCAAUGGGAACAAUGAGGGGUUGCAUAAUGGUUCUGAUCAAAGAACAUGAAGAGUAUAAGGACUUAUUUGAUGAAAUACGAGGAGAAAUUAAGUUGCUGGGUCACCCUUUA